UCCUAAAUGCAAGGAAUCCAAAUUCCUAUAUGGUCCACACUCCACAGACCACAGUACUCCGCAAGUCAUGCCUUGAUGAAACACUUUACUUCUAACACCAACCCCUUCCAUUCUACAUAACCCUUCUCUACUUUAACACACUCCCCUAUGCUUAUUAUGCUCUCUUCUAAUUACAUGGCAACACCAAAGACUCGUUUGCUUUUCUGUUUCUUGUUGUGCACCAUUUUCCACUUCCAAUUAUCUCUUCAAGACCCACAAGAUGAGGUUGGCUUUCUAGUUCAACCUGACUAUGUUAAUAACAAUAUGCUCCAAAUGAAAAGAGAUUCUAGGAAGAGAUGUGACUUUUCUGUUGGAAAAUGGGUUUAUGAUGAAUCUUACCCUCUUUAUGAUCCUAACUGCCCCUAUCUAAGCACUGCAGUUGCUUGUCAAAUAAAUGGGAGGCCUGAUUCUGAUUAUGAAAAGUGGAAGUGGAGGCCAAAUGAUUGUUCCAUCCCAAGGUUUGAUGCACUAAGGUUUCUUGGAAAAAUGAGAAGGAAGAGAAUAAUGUUGGUAGGUGAUUCAAUAAUGAGAAAUCAGUGGGAAUCUUUAGUUUGCUUAGUGCAAGGUGUAAUACCAACUGGUAGAAAAAGGGUGACAUAUAACGGACCUGCAAUGGCCUUCCAUGCUAUGGAUUUUGAUACAUCAAUUGAGUUUUACUGGGCACCACUGCUAGUAGAAUUGAAGAAAAGUCCAGAAAAUAAGAGAGUUUUACAUUUGGAUUUGAUUGAAGAAAAUGCAAAAUCUUGGAGAGGAGUUGAUAUCCUUAUCUUUGAUUCAGCUCAUUGGUGGGCUCACUCCGAUCAAACAAGCUCGUGGGAUUACUACAUGGAAGGAAAUAAUCUGAUAAGAAACAUGAAUCCUAUGGUUGCUUAUCAAAAAGGACUCAAUACAUGGGCAAGGUGGGUGGAUCUAAAUCUAGACCCUCAAAGAACCAAAGUCAUUUUCAGAAGCAUUUCACCUAGGCAUAACAGGGAAAAUGGUUGGAAAUGCUACAAUCAGAAGCAGCCUCUACCAUUUUUCAGCCUCCAAAAACAUGCUUCUGAACCUAUGGUUGUACUCAAAGGAGUGCUGAAGAGAAUGAGGUUUCCAGUAUACCUGCAAGAUAUUACAACAAUGACUGCCUUACGCGGAGAUGGACAUCCUUCAGUCUAUAGGAAGGCAAUAAACCAAGAUGAGAAACAAAAACAAGGAAAAAAUCAUUCCUCCGAUUGCAGUCAUUGGUGCCUCCCUGGAGUGCCUGAUAUUUGGAAUGAGAUGUUCAGUGCAUUGUUUUGACUAAGAAAUGUAAACAACUGCUUUACAUUAGGAUUUAUUAUAUUGUCUUUUGAGUUUAGUACUCCUACAAGUACAUUGUUGUUUGCUGUUCUAUUUAUAAUUAAUUCAGCAUUGAAUAUAUUUUUAUUUCCAAUAAAAUUACAAUUUUCAA